AUGACUGGGGCAGAGAUUGAGACUGGUGCCCAGGCCAAGUCUGAAAAGAAGGCUGGGGAAGAAGUUGUUAGUGGGGCUGAGCGAGAGAAUGAAGUCCCUCUGGUGGUCAGACCCAAGGUUAGGGCCCAGGCCCAGGUAACAACUGGAGCAAGGCCUAAAACUGAAACCAAGUCUGCAUCUGGGGCAAGGCCCAAAACUGAGGCCCAGAAAGUGGCUGGGGCAAGACCCAAAACUGAGGCACAGACAAUGGCUGGGGCUAGGCCCAAGACUGAGACUCAGGCAAUGGCUGGGGCAAGGCCCAAAACUGAUGCCAGGGCAGUAGGUGGUGCCCGUCCUAAAAGUGAGGCCAAAACAGUCUCUGGGGCAAGGCCUAAGGAUGAUGCCCAGGCAUGGGCCCAGACUGAGUUUGGUACUGAGGCAAUGUCACAGGCAGAGGGAGCAUCCCAGACUAAUGCUGUCACCUGGCCAUUGGUCAAUACUGAUUCUGGAUCAGUUACUAAAUCUAAGGGCCUGCCUGUAGAUAGAGAACUGGUCAGUUUGGAUGCUGAAACCUUUCCUGGCAACCAGGGCCAGGCAGGAAUCCAGCCCUGGUUUGGACCAGGGGAGGAGACUAGUAUGGGGUCUUGGUGCUACCCCAGGCCCAGAGCUAGAGAAGAAGCCUCUAAUGAGUCUGGAUUUUGGUCAGCAGAUGAGACCUCUACCGUGUCUUCUUUCUGGGCUGGAGAAGAAGCCAGUAUCAGAUCAUGGCCCAGAGAAGAGGCCAAUACCAGGUCCAGGCACAGAGCUAAACAUCAGACUAACCCCAGGUCCAAGUCUACAUCCAAGCAAGAACCCUAUAUUGAUUCCUGGUCUGGGUCUGAGGAUGAGUCUGGUAACCCAUUCUGCUUUUGGGCUGGAGAAAAUACCAAUAACUUGUUCCGGCCUAGAGUUAGGGAAGAGGCAAAUGUCAGGUCCAAGCUCAGGACAAAGAGAGAGGAUUAUUUUGAAUCUGAGUCUGAAGAUGAAUUCUAUAAAGAGUCCUGGUUUUUGCCUGGAGAAGAGGCCAAUAAUAGAUUCAGGCGCAGAGACAAGGAAGAACCUAAUAACAUCUUGAAAUCCAGGGCCCAGAAAGAUGCUAAAAACAUUGAUAGGGCCAAACAGGAGCCCAGGUUUGAGGAAGAUGUCAUUAUUGGGUCCUGGUUCUGGGCAGAAAAAGAGGCCAGUUUGGAGGCUGGAGCUUCAGCAAUCUGUGAAUCUGAGCCAGGAGCUGAGGAGGGGGCCAUUGGUGGAUCAUUGUUCUGGGCUGAGGAAAAGUCCAGUUUGGGGGCUGUGGCCAGAGAAGAGACCAGGCCUGAGUCUGAAGAAGAGGCCAUAUUUGGGUCGUGGUUCUGGGAUAGAGAUGAGGCCUGCUUUGACCUAAAUCCCAGUCCUGUAUACAAGGCCAAUUGCAGGUACAGAGAUCCUGCUGAGGAUGAGCUUAAUGCAUCAUCUAGGCCUCAAACUUGGGAAGAAGUCACUGUUGAAUUCAAACCUGGUCCUUGUCAUGGGGUUGGCUUCCCAUCCACAAGUCCCUUUAGAAUUCCUGAAGGGUCUUCUGAAAUGAAUGAGGCAAAGUCCAAGAAUGUGGAACUUGGCCCAGAAGGGGAAGAGCAGGAAUCUUUGCUUCAAUCUGAUCGGGCUGAACCUGAGUUCCCAUUUCAGUAUGAUCCCUCCUACCGG